CGAAGAUAUAGACGUGAAUACUGACCUGAAAAAGUGACGAUAACAGAGAAUUGAAAAUCAUUAAGCUCUACAACCCAACCCAGGCGGCUUUUGCACCAUACGAACCUGCCGCAUAUUAAUGUCUUGAAUUUACUGUGUUUUUUGUUUGUUUACUUAGGACAAUAUUUACAUGAUAUCUUAGUCACCCUUUGCUUGAGUGAGUGAGGCGAGAAAGCAAAGCAAACGGUAGAAGAAGAAUAGCGUGUAGUCAGUCACUGCGAUGGCCUCCGAUAGCAACAUGGACAGAGAAAUUAUUCUGGCUGACUUUCAGGCUUGCACUGGCAUUGACAACAUUGCAGAGGCUAUCACUCUUUUAGAACUCAAUAAUUGGGAUUUAGUGGCGGCUAUAAAUGGAGUCAUACCACAAGAGAAUGGGAUCUUGCAAAGCAACUUCUCCAGCGAGGCGUCCCAAGCCAACACCUUUGGGCCUCACAGCCAAGCAGCAGCCGAGACAGCAGCAGUUCCACCAGCUUCUUCCUCAUCUUCCUCCUCCUCUCCCUCCUCCUCGGCAUUCUGCCCUGUCCUUCCCUCCCGACACAUUGUUGAGCGGCAGUCGCGCAUGCUCAACUUCCGGGUGGAGUACCGCCAGCGCACGGUUGAAGUUGUUGUUGAAGAGGGCAGCGCAGUUGGGGAAAUCAAACAGAUUCUUGAGACAGAGCUUCAGGUCCCUGUAUCAAAAAUGCAGCUUAAGGGUUGGAAAUCUGGAGACGUCUCAGACAGUACUGUUCUGCGAAGUUUGCACCUGCCCAAGAACAAUAGCCUGUACGUGCUGACCCCAGACAUCGCACCCUCAGCCAGCACCAGCCAAAACAGUGUUCUUCAGGAGUCGUUAAAUCAGAACUUUCUGCUCGUCAUCAACCACCGUGAAGCCCAGAGAGACUACAGUCUCAACUUCCCUGGCAGCAGGACCAUACAGGAGGUGAAGAGGAAUGUUUCAGACCUGACAAACAUCCCUGUGCGGCACCAACAGUGGGAGGGCUGGCCUGCUACGGCAUCUGACGAUUCGAUGACAUUAGCUGCCUCUGGAAUAAGCUACCCCUGCCAUCACCUAAGUGUGUGUCGUAGGUCCUCACCAGCCAACAACCAAGAGCCCACCGAGGAGUGUGCAGAUGUCCACAUGGUGAGUGACAGUGAAGGUGACGACUUUGAGGAUGCAUCGGAAUUUGGAGUUGACGAGUCAGAGAUGUUCGGAAUGGGGUCUUCUACAGGAUGUCGGAAAGCCCCUAUGAUGCCUGAGAACAGUGAAAAUGAAGGAGAUGCCUUACUGCACUUUACUGCCGAAUUUUCAACAAGGUAUGGGGAAUGUCAUCCGGUGUUCUUCAUUGGGAGUUUGGAGGCGGCAGCUCAAGAGGCCUUCUAUGGCAAAGCUAGAGAUAGAAAACUGCUGGCCAUCUACCUCCACAACGACGAGAGCGUGCUCAGCAACGUGUUCUGCUCCCAGAUGAUGUGCGCAGAGUCCAUAGUGUCCUAUCUAAGCCAGAACUUCAUCGCAUGGGCCUGGGAUGUCACUAGAGAAGCUAACAAAGCCAGACUACUCACCAUGUGCACGAGGCACUUUGGGAGCGUGGUGGCACAGACCAUUCGGACAUACAAGACUGAUCAGUUUCCUCUGCUCCUUAUUGUCAUGGGAAAGAGGACGUCAAAUGAGGUUUUAAACGUUAUUCAAGGCAACACAACGGUGGACGAGUUGAUGAUGAGGCUAAUGGGUGCAAUGGAAAUCUUCACAGCACAGCAGCAAGAGGAUAUCAAGGAUGAGGAUGAACGUGAAGCCAGGGAAAUGGUGAAGAGGGAGCAGGAUGAGGCCUACCAGCUGUCUUUAGAGGCUGACCGUAAAAAGAGAGAAGCCCAAGAGAGAGAGCAGGCAGAACAGCUUCGUCUGCAACAGAUCCAGAAAGAAGCAGAUGAUGAGAAAGAGGCCAUCCGCCUCUCAUUGGAGCACGCCCUGCCACCAGAGCCUGCAGAAGAGGGAGGAGAGCUAAUUAGCAAGCUGCGUAUCCGAACCCCCAGCGGAGAGUUUCUGGUGCGCCGCUUCCUGGGCAGCACCAAGCUGCAGGUCCUGUUUGACUUUGUGGCCUCCAAGGGUUACCCGUUGGACGACUUCAAACUGCUCACCACCUUCCCCCGCAGAAACAUCACCCAGCUAGACCCAGACUCAUCUUUACUGGAGGCCAAACUUUUCCCUCAGGAGACCCUUUUUCUGGAAGCUAAAGAGUAGGACUGACUGGCCUUGCCAUGUGUGGUGAUGGGACAGGCUGGACAAGUAGUGAAACACCCUAGCAUGGUCCCAGUCGGUCUGCAGAUACAGCCCACCCUCACACACUUGUGAACUCUCAAACACACACAGUACACAACAUACAAUACACAACUCCCACACAACCACCCUUAAAAUAUCCCCGUCCCCCCACACACUGAUGCUUCUCAGCCUGUACAAGGUGCAAGAAUGCCUAGUGUGCUCCUAUGUGCAGAGAUGCUCCCACAAGCACAUAGCCAAACACCUCUCCACCACAUCACAAACUUAAUUGCGUGUUCUGGUUUUCUCUGCCCACACUCUUACAGUAUAAUAUAAAAAGAAACUCUUGAGUAGAAGAACAGCAUCGUGGACAAGGACUUCCCACUACAGUACAGCUGCCUUUUUAGACAUGUUUUUGUGUUUGAAUAAGAAAUUUAAAAAAAGCAAAGAGACAUUUCCUGGAGGACGCUGGACUAUCUCAUCUCCACCUGCAUUCGGCCCCUAACCUCAUUGCCCACCCCCUCCCUCAGCCUAUAAUGGACCCCCCAGGAGCAGCAAGAAAAGGCUUGAUGUUCCUGCUCUGCUUCAACCAGCCCUGGUUUUUAAUUUCAAAAUGCUCCACACCCAACUGUCCCUUUAUUUUUCUUGAUCCUUUUUAAGUUUGAUGCUGUAUUUGUUUUAGUUUGAUAUACAUUAUAUAAAAUAUAUAUGAACAUACAUCUGU